AUGGUCGACACAUUUUACGAUACAACACUUUGCUCGAAAUUUGGGGUAAGCUCAGAGAGCCUUGAGUUAUCCCAACUCAUUAUUUUUUUCAGAGAGAAGAGAAGGUGUUAGAAAACUGUAAAUUGGAUGAAACUCAGAGUAGUACAUAUCGAAAUGGUUGGCUUGAAAAUUAUGAUGUUUUACAAGGCGAACUUAUGAUGCAGUAGGUUUUUUUUGAUAGAGAAGCGUGAGUGAGGCUAGAGACGCAGAGAAGUUGCAAAAAAGCGAUCCAACCUUCGAAACCUCAAUCAACAAAUUUUCAGAAUCCCUGCAACAGAAAACAUCGAUCUUAUAACUGAUCUCUACAUCGAUGGAAAAUCCAAUUUCAUGACAUCUGGCGAAAAAAUGCUCAAAUUCUUAGCCUCAAAUUCAUCAACCUAUCAAAAACUCUACCAAAAUCCAAUUUCAAGUCCCAACAAAUUCAGUCUCGCCAUUCUACCCAACUCCAAUCAACUCCUCUUUCCAAAUUCUCAAGGCAUCGAAAAACUCAAUGCGACUUGUGCCAACUUGUAUAAAUCAUGCAAAGAAUUGAAGAACGGCGGUUUCAAGGAUCCGCAAAAAUGUGCGUGGUGCGCUAAAAACUAUCAAUUCUACACAAUAUCUCAAGUGGAAGAGAAGUGUACUACAAUUUUCACGGAUCAAUGCCCGCCGCUUGUUCAGGAUGUUGGUUUUUCUUUUUGGGGAGUUAGCAUAACUUUAUGGGUUUUUCAGGUAUCAAGAUUUGCAAAUCGAACUGGAAUUAUGAUUCGAGGAGAUGAUUUGAAAAAUAUCAACAAUCUGGUUGUUAAAUAUUGUGAAACACCGUGCAAAGUUUCAUCGCAUGAUGAUAGAACGUAAGGUUUUGGGGAUGGAGGCUUCAUAAGCUUUUCCAAUUUUCAGAAUUCUAUGCGAGACUGAAAAUUCGAACAAAGAUAUUCUGAAUGAUUGUGAAGAUAUCGAAAUGACUGGAAAUAUUGGUUCAAAACAAUAUAGUCUUCCAUAUCGAAUUGAAAAAUCUGACGGAUCAGUUCAAACUGAAGAAAUCACUGGAGAUCAUAAUAAAGGAGCAAGUCCAACAUGGAAAAUCACUCUAACAAUUAUAGCCGUUCUUUUGUUAUGCUUUGUGGUAGUUAUUCUGGUAUACUGUAUGCGAAAUCGUCUACAACACAUCAAACCAGCAAUUCGUCCGCCACUUCGAAAUGAUCGAGUUGAAAAUGAUUAUCAUAUGGAUUAUAUAACAAGUGCUCCGCGAUUAUCAAGCUUGUCAAAUCUUGGUGAUCAAUAUGUGAAAAUUUUCCGUGAUCUACCAAUUGGUUUGAAAAUUGAUUAUAAUAGUUUAAGAAUUGAUGCAUUUAAUGUUCUUGGAGAAGGACAAUAUGGAAUGGUUUAUUUGGCUGAAUAUACCGAUGAAGAACAUCAUGAUGUUGAAACUGUGGUUUGUAAAAAAAUGAAAGAGGGAAGAAUUUCGGAAUUUUAUGAAGAGGCUAGAACAAUGGCCAGUUUUGAUCAUCCAAAUGUUGUAAGACUUAUCGGAGUCGCUUUGGAAGAUGUGACACAUGUUCCACUUUUAAUUAUGGAAUAUAUGCCACGUGGCGAUUUGUUAAGUCUUUUGAAAGAUAAAGAUGCGAAUAUAACGAUGAGAGAUAUUUUUCAAUUUGCGAUUGGAAUUGCUGAAGGAAUGGCGCAUAUUCAUUCGAAACGAUUUGUUCAUAGAGAUUUGGCGGCUAGGAAUGUUAUGUGAGUUUUCACCUAGGCGUGACUGCUUGAGAUAAAAAUUCUGAAGGCGCGUUCACUUGACAUAACAUCCAGCUAGGCGUGGCUGCUUGAGAUAAAAGUUUUCAAGUCACGAUUCCUUGCCAAAAUGAAAGCCCAUUUUUGCAGGCUUGAUCGUGAUAUGAAAGCAAAAAUCGCCGACUUUGGACUUUGUCGAAAAGUCAACGAGCAAACUCAAACUUACGCAGGAAUCCAGGAUCGAAAAUUGCCAAUCUCUUAUUAUCCACCUGAAGUUUUUGAAAAUAUUGUGAGUAUUCCUGAAGUUCUUUUUUUGAAAAAAAUUAACCUUUUUUCCAGCAAUUUACACUAUCUUCUGAUGUUUGGUCAUUUGGAAUAGUGAUUUGGGAAUUGUUUACAAGAGGAUGGGUCCCGUAUGGAAAUGUGGAUUUACAAGUAUUACGCAGACUAUUAAUGGAAAAUGAGAAUAAUCGAUUGCCGAAACCAGUACAUUGUCCGCAGAAAGUGUGAGUUUUCAGGAGAAAUUUGGGUACAUUGCUCAUAUUAUAUAUUAUUUUGUUUUUAAGGAUUCUUUGAGCCCCCGAUUUUUGCAGAUACGAUGAAAUCAUGUUACCAUGCUGGAGAGCCGAUCCAAAUCGUCGUCCAAUCUUCAACGAACUCGUCAUAACCCUCGGAAAUGUUUUGGACUAUAUGGAACGCUCGGAAAAAUCAGCAUUACACGCCGGUUACGAGCGAGUAAGUCCUAGGUGCUGUUGCUUUUUCCUUGGUUUGAUUUUGUUUUUUUAAUUCAUUUUGCGUUAUGCUAACUAACAUCUAUAAUAUUUUUUCGAAUUUCAAAUCAAAUUUCAAAUUUCCAUUCUUCCAGAUCUCAAUCCCUGGUCGGUCAGAAAACUCCACUUCUAGCUCCGACAUAUGUGAAUGA